AGACGACAAUGCAACGGAGGAAAUGGCGGGAAGGAAUCGAUACUGAGACGAGAGGUUGAUGGUUGUGCUCACUCACAGUUAACCGCCUAAGGUCACACAAACAACGUUCUUUGAAAGUUUUAAUGAUCUCCCUCCACAAUAUUGGACUAGUGCUCGUCAUCUGAGGAUUACAGUCAAGUGUUGUGCCCUGGCUAUUGUGACUACAACUCAGGAUGAAGGCUCCGACCACCGCCAUUCUGAUUAUCAUCGUUCUAUCCAGUGUCGCGAGUUGUAAGCGUAUCCCGAGAAACCGGAACCGGAACAGAGGAGGUCCCGUGAAAGACGCAGCCGCACUGGAGAACGAGGUUGACGGGCAGUGCGAGUUGGAGAUCGCCUGCAAGGGAGAGCGGCUCAUACCCCUCAGCCUCCCCAUCAAGGGUCCCAAAGGGCUCGGGAAACCAGGCGCUAAGGGGGACCCAGGAGAACCAGGAGUGCCGGGAUUACCGGGGAUACCAGGUAAGGAUGCCCCAAUGCCUGGUCGAACAGCGUUCUUCGUAGGCCUGAAGAACAACCGCGGCCCGGUGAAGCAGAACAGCGAUCUGCUCUUCGACAAAAUCAUAACCAACGUGGGUGGGGACUUCGACACCAAAUCCGGCCGCUACACCGCCCCGUAUAACGGCACCUACAUGUUCAACAUCGUUGUCGCCGCCCAGGGGAGGCAGAGGGCGGCGGUAAAUCUGAUGAAGAAGGGUGAGAUGGUGGCGACGGUUUGGGCCGAGAGUAUUCCUUACUGGGCGUCAGCCUCCAACUCCGCCAUCUUGAACUUGUCCCGCGGGGACCAGGUGUGGCUGGUGCUCUUGUCCCGAGCCUCCUACAUCCACGGCUACAUGUACUCCACCUUCUCCGGACACCUCCUCUUCAAGGACCAGGACUGAGGCACCAAAACAAAGAGACGAGGAUGGUGGACAACGAUAGCUGAAUCUGAAAACGGAAACGAUUUUAGUUUGGGGGGAACUUUAAGCCGGAUAUGCCCCAAUGGGUGGUGUUACUAGCUGCAAGAUGUCAUUUCACACACCUAGUUCAAAACUUUUGUUUUUGUAAAUGAUAUAAUUAUUAGUCCCCUAAAUUGGUAUUAUGACACUGAAAGUGUAAAGAAGGCGUCUUUGUCUUGCCAAUGACAAACUCGUCAACUGCAAGACCGGUUCCUGAGUCCUAUUUGAAUCGUACAAUGGUGAUAUUUAUGGGUAGAUACCUCCCAUGUGUUGUUAAGGUCAAAGUAACCAAAACGUUAACUUACGAUAUGAUAUUCCUGACUGCGAGACCUUCAGUGACAACACCGCGUUGUUAACGCCUAAAGGGAGAUAACUGUGUCAUAUUUAGUAUCGUACUUGUGUUCAGAAGGACUACGUUUAUGCAACAGGAUGUUCACACGAUUUUCAUACGUUUCGUAUUGUUAAUAGCAACAUUAGCUUUCCUAUAUUAGUUCGGUAUAGACAUAGAUCAUGAUAUUGUUUGAUUGUUGUGUAAGUUAUGUACAUACUUUUACAUAAAUUGUAGGUAAACCAACCAUUUCUUGGCGUCUUGCAUGGCGUGUUCCAAAACCAUGUGGAUUUGUAAAACCAUUCCAGAAUCUCAUGUGUUAGAAUUCAUAUUCAGUGUGCUGUUAAAGAUACAUAUAUUCGAUACAGUCAAGUUUCCUUGACUUCAUUGUGCAUUAAUCGGGGUUUUUAUUUUCAUAUCAGUUACAAGCUAAGAUGGUUGUUUUCAUUUUGGGCUUUUGCAGUAGGACGUCUGUAAAUGAAGUUCCUUUUUAUCUCCUAUCCGUGAUCGUUGCCGUUGCAAGAACUGGAGAGUAUGUUUACUUUCGCGGUGGUAGUGUUUCCUGUUGGAGUACGUACGAUAUAGCGCUCAGGGGGCUUGAAUCACUAUAUGGGGAUGGUGGAGUAGCGGCUAGGCCAUAUGGUUAAAGCUUCCGCUUGUCAUCCCCCAAACCCCGGUUCGAUUACCAACAUUGACACCAUGUGUGAACCCCAUUUCUGGUGUCCCCCACGUGAUG